AUGGAAACAAGUAACAGUGAGACAACCUCAGCCACAUCCUCUCCACUGCCAACGCUGACCAGCUCUUCCACCCACAGCUCCUUCUUGACUUCUGUCUCUCACACAUCCCUUUCCGAAACCACGUCCAGUGAAAUGACUCUGGCAACAACAGUUUCUGCUCCAGCUUCAACAGAAUUUAUCAACCGUGAAACCACAUUGUCAACAACACCCUCUGCGUCCGCUCCAUCUGAAACAUCCACUAGCGAGACAGUGGCCACAAGAGCUACUCACUCUGCAGUUGUAUCAACAUCUUCCAUGGAGAUAACGACAAGUGUCUCACUCUCCACACUACCUGAAACUUUCCCCAGUGAGACAACCCUAACAACAACUUCUCUUCACACUACCUUCAGUGAAUAUACAAAAAGUGAGACUCCCAUGGCAACGUCCCUUCCGAUCCUGAGCACUGAAUCCAUAUCCAUGAGCAGCGCUUCCAGCCCAAACUCCACGGCUGAGACCAGCACCCUCUCGGAGUCUGUCUCUACACCCAAUAUUUCUAGGCUGACCUCCACUGCUGGGGCAAGCACCGUCUCCGAGUCUGUCUCCACGCCCAGCACUUCCAGCCCAAGCUCUGUGACCGAGGAAAGCACCGUCUCCGAGUCCCUCUCCAAGUCCAGUGCUUCGAGUCUGACCUCCACAGCCGAGACCCACACUGUAUCCGAGUCUGUUCCCUCGUCCAGUGCUUCAAGGCCGACCUCCAGGGCUGAGACCCACAACAUCUCUGAGUCUGUUCCCUCGUCCAGUGCUUCAAGCCCGUCCUCCGCAUCCAAGGCCAGCAGUGUCUCUGAGCACCUCUCCACACUCAGCGGUUACAGCCCGAGCUCUGCGACCGAGGCCAGCACCAUGUCCGAGUCCGUCUCCACGUCCAGCCCUGCCAGCCUGACCUCUCCCACUGAGGCCACCACCAUCACACAGCCAGCCGUCUCUGAAUUCACCACCAGUGAGACAACCGUGACAUUGGUUCCUCCCCAUCCAACUGGGACUGAACUCACAAGUACGGAGACUACCAUGGCAAACACUCGUUCUCUUCCAGUGACAGAGACAUCCACACCCAAUGCGAUAAGAUCUUCCGUUCACACCACAAUGGAAACAAACAACAGUGAGACAACCUCACCCAUAUCCUCUCCACCACCAACGCUGACCAGCUCUUCCAUCCACAGCUCCUUCUUGACUUCUGUUUCUCAAACAACCCUUUCUGAAACCACCACAAAUGAAAAGACUCUGGCAACAACAGUUUCUGCUCCAGCUUCAACACAAUUUACCAACCGUGAAACUAUAUUUCCUGAGCACAGCCGAAAUUUCCACAAGGGAGGAAAGUCUGACGACUGUUUCCAAGUCUCCUCUGACAGCAUCGUCCAGUGA